AGUUCAUGUAAGCAGCAGCAUCUGGGUUCUUUUCUCUCCAGACUUCACGAAGAUGUUUGCAACAAUGCUGAAGAUAGUUGCAAUUAUAGCAGCCCUUUCAGGUGAGAAAAACAAAGGACAUAAAUAAAAUAGCAGGCCACAUCAGCAGCAUGACUGUGACAGCUCCCCAGAGCAUGGUGAACGUCAGUGUUGGUGGAAAUGCCACUCUUCUCUGCACAUAUACAACAACUGGGUCUGUGGAUUCACUUUUCAUUCAGUGGAGUUUUUACAGUGCCAAAGAGAAACAACCUCAAACACAUUCCCCGUGCCGCAAAAUUCAGAGUAUGGAUGAAAAGUCAGUCAAUCAUUGUCAAAAGAUGGUGUAUGUGACAGAUGCACGGGGGAGAUGUAGCUGGAAACACCAGAUCUAUUAUUUUCAGAAUGGACAGGCUUAUGAGUAUGGAGAGUUCAAGAACAGAAUAAAUGGGACAACAAACCAAGGAAAUGCAUCAAUAACAAUCUCCAACAUGCAGCCGUCGGAUACCGGGUUCUACACCUGCGAAGUUUUCAACCCACAAGAUUCAAGUGGACGGAACCAGAAAUCAGUGGCUGUCAGUGUACUGGUCAAACCUUCGCAGCCUCACUGUAGCUUACGGGGAACCCCUGAGACAGGCCACCUUGUCUCUCUCUCCUGCUAUUCUGAAGAAGGGAUGCCUGUGCCUACAUACCAGUGGUAUAGAGUAUCAGGGGAGACCCUCAAACCCAUGACAGAACAACUCAAUACAAAAACUGGGCUUUUCAUUAUUGGUAAUCUCACAACCUUUGAAACUGGAUACUACCGGUGCACAGCUAGUAACAGCCUUGGAAACAGCAGCUGUGAAGUUGACUUGUCUGCAGCACAUUCAGAAGGUGGUCUCAUUGCUGGAGCAUUAAUUGGAGCAAUUCUGGGAGCAGUUGUUAUCUGCAUUAUUGUCUGGUUUUUAACCAAGAGGGAGAAGAAAAAGGAGACAAAAGAGAAAGCAGCAAAUAGUGAAAUGCAACCAAUGUCUCAGAAACAACAGGCAAAUGUCGAAUAUGUUAAUAUACCCACCCAAGAAAAUGAGUCUGUUGCCACAGCUACACCAAGCAGAGAAGCUAAUGCAGCCAGUGAAUACUCUACUUCUAAGGAAGUUGCUGCCUCUGGAGUGCCUGAAAAUGAUGAGAUGCAAGGAGUGGAGACACAAGCAAGAGCCUAAAAAUUCUACUGCAAUUUCCUUAUCUGCUAUGGACCCCAUCUUCAAAAAUGUUGGUAUUGAAUUAACGCAGGAAGGAGUGUGGUUAUAACCCACACACCUGCAUUUGUGGUAUUAAUCACAAGGCAGGAGUUUGAAGGGCAUGCCUUCAACCAUCCCAGAAGUACGCAUAUCCUGGCCUCAUUUUUCAAUUUUGUUAUUGCACUUAUUAACUAUCUAGCUAUGACUGUGUACCAAAUAUGAAUGACAGCAUAGCUAAUGUCUCCAUUUAUCCAACCCAUUUGAGAAUAUUAAUUUUAAAUGGGUUUGGAAAGACAGACAACACUGGAGCUUUCUUCUUGGCUGCUGGUGAAGUUAUGUGAUGGCCUGUAAACACAGGAGUCCCUUUUCUGAAAGAAAACAGUCAUUGCCAGCCAAUCUGAAGUGUUGCAUGUGCUGAGAAUGACACAGGACGACUCUCUUAGCAAAUACGUUACAGUGUCUAAGAACCUGAUCCCGCACCUUGGAAAUCAAUGGGAGUUUGGCCACUGACUUCAACAGGUACAGGAGCAGACUCUUAGAGCAUGUGUUCGUAUCUGCCUCUAGUAGCCAUCCCCAGCAACAGAAACAGCCUGCCUCUCACUCGCAGCUAAUGCAGUUACACCUUUAACUAAAGAAUGGUUUGGUAGGAAUGUUGCUGAAGUUCCUGAGUUCAGUUAUCACUGAUGAUCAGAGUCUGUAUGAAUGGCUCAUUAACCAAAACAAGAGGGUAUCAACAUUUGAGGCAAACUCAGAAAUUCAGACUGAUAAGGUGCUAAUUAUGAUCUGUACUAUAAAAGAGGGUUCCGUUUUGGCCAACUAACAUUAUUUAUGAAAUUCCAUAUCUAUCACUUUGCUAUACUCUAGUGAGUUCACUUUAUACAUACAGACGCAAAUUCCACAUACCGUUGUACAAUGUACUCGGCCACAUUUUUCAGUUUUGUUGCCUCAGUUGAAAAUUGAUUGGACUAGAUUAUAGGGGUCAAAUCCUGAACUUGCUGAAGUCAAUGGCAAAAUCUCCAGUGAAGUCAACAGUGCCAGGAUUUCACCCUAGCAGGUACCCAAGCCCAAAUAUCUAAAAUGUCUGAGCCAAAUCUCAAGUCAUUACUCAGAGCUGUCUCAGCAGGCAAAACUCCCGUUAAUUUUAAUGGACAUUUUGCCUGAGCAAAGAUUGCAGGUUUGGGUCCUUAAAUUCCAUGAUCAUUAUGAGGUUACCUGAAAUUUUUGGUAAUCUUAUUGAAGUUGCCUUGUGAAUAUGACAAAAACUACAGUACUAAACAAUCUCACUAGGAAAAAAAAGUAAUGAGGCAGUACAAGCUGCUCAUUGAUUAUAUGUCAUUCCUCACCACAGGUGAAAAAAUGUUUGCUAACGAA